AUGGUGCACUUGUGCGUGUGGUGGAGAGGAGCCAUUUCGGCCAGCGUGCUGGGCGAGCGCGUCGAGAGGCUAGUGCAGCUGGUGGCGGAUGUGCAACACCCCAGAGAGUGCAAUAUGAAGAGCACGUACUUGUGUAGCAGUGCCGGACCAGAUGCAGGGGGUCACACUGUUGACGACGUGGGGGCGGGUCCCGGGGGCACCCCGCGUAGUCGCCCCGCAAGACUGGCGCGCUUUGUGAAGAUGCGCAUCGUCGACCGCUCCAAGCGUGGCUCCAGAUCCGCCGCCGCUGCAACCGCCGCAGACGAAGAAGAACUGUCGCUAGAUACCUUCGCCGACAUGGUGAGCCUGACGCAGCAGCUACUGGAGCAGGAAGGUGUGCUGGCUGCUGACACGGCAGGUGUCGCUGGGACCUCUACCAUGCAGGGCACACGCACCUUUGAGCUCUACGACGAGAAGAUCAACAACGCUGAGGCGCUCAAGCAGCGUCCUAUAUUGGCGGUGGUGAUGGUGCUGGUGCUCGCUGUGUACGCCAGCAAGAUAGAAUCACAUCCACAGCUCGCCGCGCGCAGCGUUUCACACUUGGAGGCUCUUGAGAAGAUGAUGGUGCUAGGGGGCAGCGAUAGCAGUGGGAGCGGUGCUGCUACUGUUUCCAUCCCUCGUCCGACAUCGUCCUCGUCGUCAACACUGGCCGCUCUUUGGCCCUUGACGGGUGAGCUUGAGGUGGCCCUCGUGCAUCGCCAGCACGAAGCCGACGCCGCGCGCUGCUCCUCCACCGAAGGGGAAGAACUUCGCUCUACACUUCGGUAUAUGUAUGAAAAUCGGGUAUCACUUCCGCAAGAUAGAUCAGCCGCCAAGGCUGCGACCCUGAGCGAGAGGUGGGCGGCCGGGGCCUCGCAGUACGUUGGCCAGCGCCCGAUCUGGGCUGCCCUGCGCACCCAUUUUCUCUCAACUGGCGUCUUCGAUGCUGAUAAGCCGACAGUGCUGGUGUUCUUUGGUCCCUCUGGCUACGGCAAGUCGGAGCUGGCAAAGCGGGUGGCCAGUGUGCUGCACGGCCUUCCGAUUCCAGAGCUCGAGGUAUCCGGCAAGAUGGUGUACAUCCACAUGCCGUCCUUCUGCACAAAAGACAGCAUCUAUUCUCUCGUCGACCCGCCAGCCGCCCACGUCGGCAGCGGUAUCCUCCUCUCUGCUUUGCAGAGGCACCCGGACGCAGUCGUCGUGCUGGACGAGUUCGAGAAAAGCACGGCGGAGGCUAUCAACAACCUGUGGCUGUCCGCCUUUCAAAAGAACGGUGUACUGCGUUCCCUGAAGGAGGCGAGCCGAUCCGUCUCCACGGUGCGCACAACUUUUAUCCUCACCUGCAAUAUUGCGGCGGAGAGCAUUGUGGCUCGCGAGGGUCUCUACCUCAACGCGUCGCCGGCAGAUCAAGAGAGGAUACGGGCGCUCUUUCAGUCGCAAUGCAAGAGGGUGUGCCAGGAGACCAUGGGUGAGCCUUUCGUCAACCGCGUGGAUUACUUCUUCCCCUUCAUGCCGUACACACGUGCUGAGCGGCGGCAAUUUGUGUGCCUCCUGCUAGAGCGACUCUUGACAAGUCAGGCUGAGAAGAGCCGCGCCAUCUAUGCAACACCGGGGUUUGUGGAGGCGAUGGUGGAGCGGCUCCACACCUUCCACGCCGCCACUCUGGAGGAAGCCGUGCGGACGCAAGUCGUGCGGAUGGCACACGAAGGGUGGACAUCUGGUGUGCUCACAGUUGAGCGCCACAUCGCCGGUGGCACCGUGGCGGUGCUGCUGCCUGCGACAAGGUCAGAGCUGUUGAAGCGCGCAACGCCUGCCUCAUCACCGCCAGCGUCGACGAUGAGUGGCUGCACUUCUGUCGGCUUGAAUGGCGGCGACAGUGACGACCUCGUCGACAUAAGUGAUCGCUCUCUUUUGGUGGAGGCCUGGGAGUCGUUGCCUGGCGGUCCGCAAUCGCUGGCACAGUGGGCUGCGACGGGGGGGAGGGUGAAUUGCACGCCUGGGACUGAGGAUGAGGACGACACAUCAAUUGCAUCACAAGUGACUACAGCGUCUUCAACGAACCCACAGAAAACCACCCUAUCUCCCGCGAUAGCCUCCACUACGAUCUCGCUGCCACCCGCGCCAACCAGUGCUGCACCGCAUACCGUCAGCGCCCCAGCUUCAGAGAAGGAAUACGAGUACGAGUAUGUGACUGACAAGCUUCGCAUUCUGGAGCUGGAGAAGGAGCUGAUCACGACGCGGGCGCUGCUGCAGCAGCGUGACUUGGAGAUAGCUACCCUGAAGGACAAGAUCCUGCUGCUGCAGAAGGCGCUCGCGUUGAUACUCCUCUCGCUGCUGAGCUGCCUCUGCCUCAUGGCGCUCAUGAUCGGGCUCAAGCUGACACUGCUCUUCGCCUUGGCCAUAGCGGGCUGUCUCGUAUUUGUGCUCGGCGUGCCUCUAUCCUUCCUGCGCGACGCCAUGCGCGGAUUCUUCCACUUACUGGGUCCCUACAAGGCCGGCGGGCUUCUCCUCGUCCUGGUUGCUUGGCUCGCUCGGGCAUCGCGGUCGGCCACGUCGUGCUCGUAG